GGCCCGUCCAGUGCGGUGUACUGGAAAAGUCCCUGUUUUCGACAUCACGAGCUUGGCGGCUGGCUCUCUUGGACAUAUUUUACGGGAUCGCUUUUCUGGCGCUGUUCGUCUUGAUGCAUUACGGGCUGGUCAAACAAUGGGCAUCCCUUUCGAGUUCAUUCUUAAGUGACACCAAGAGUUUGUAUGAUAAUCCUGGAUUGGCUCUCUUUUCUAUGGACUGUACUACGUCGAACGGACCCGUAGCCGGAGUGAUGUUGGCAAAUUUGCCGCAGCUGGCGUUUUCUGCGUGGUAUUUCCUUUUCAACCGUCAACUCACGCGCAUAUGUUUGGAAAACGAAUGGAGGAGGUUCUACUAGAAAAGAAAGCGCGUUCGUGUCACUUACCAUACAGAGCUGAGCAGCAGGCGCACGCGUUGGCUUCAGCUGCCAUUUCCCGUCACCGUCGUAUCAAUUGUGCUCAAUGUGUUCCUGCAAACGCUCAUGUCACAAAC